GGAACGACAUCACUUAUCCACAACACUUCCAUUCACAGAAGGGAAAGCUGCUUGCACAAAGUCUGCUCACUUUGACUAAAGAUUUUUCUCCUUUUUUAAUAGUUGCUUGAAGAAUCUUUUGGGAAGACGGUUCAGACAACUUAGAGUCGACAAUGAGCUUUCUGGUGACUGUUUUGGGGAUGAUUGUCACACUCUGUGAAAUCGGCAGGAACCCAGCCAGCGCUGGGAUAUGUUGGCUGCAGCAGAAUCAGGACCAUCGGUGUGACAUGGUGCUGAUGAGAGGGGUGACCAGAGAGGAGUGCUGUGAUGGGGGCCGCCUAGACACGGCGUGGUCCAACACCAGCCUGCCCAUGAAUGAAAUCAGCCUGCUGGGAUUCCUGGGGAUUGUCUCCUGUAAACCAUGCAAAGACUCAUGUGAGGGAGUCAAAUGCAGCUCUGGCAAAGUCUGCAAGAUGAAGACGGGAAGGCCUCAGUGUGUCUGUGCUCCGGACUGCUCGCACAUCUCCAGAAAGCACGCUGUGUGCGGCAGCGAUGGCAGGUCGUACAGGGACGAGUGCGCCCUGCUAAUGGCCCGUUGUAUGGGACAGCCAGAACUGGAAAUCAUGUACCAGGGAGAAUGCAAAAAGUCGUGCUCAAAUGUUGUGUGCCCGGGAACUCACACCUGCGUGACUGAUCAAACCAACAGCGCUCACUGUGUCAUGUGCCGCACUGCACCUUGCCCAGCGCCCGUGCCAUCUGAGCAGCUGAUCUGUGGAAAUGACAACAUCACCUACCAGAGCGCGUGCCACCUCCGCAGAGCCACCUGCUUCCUUGGACGCUCCAUAGGCGUCCACCACUUCGGCCACUGCAACUAUCCACCUCGGAAAUCUCACAAGUUUCAAGGCAGCGAGGAAAACGCAGUGUUUACCUGACAACAAAACAAACAACAAAAUGUGAUUAGGACCACCUAACUUGGAAAGUUCAAUUUGUCCCAGAAUGCUCUGCAUUUUGGGCCAGUUCAACCUACCUGAUUAUGGCGUCUUGAAAGCUGAGUCUUGAUGUUUGUAAACCUGCACCAGUCCACAUGAAUGAUCAAAUGAUCCAACUGAACCUUCUGAACUCAAAGCAGAUGGAAGAACACUGCAGUUUUUGAAGUGUGUCAUGAAGCCCAACAAAGUGCAGUCAGGUCAUUUGGACGGUUUCUUUUUUGUUGAGACGUUUCGUCCUUCAUCCGAAGGACUUC